CCUGCUCGCAUAAACACGCAGAGGGGCAUGGCGCUUCGUAAUGUCAUUCGGCUUCUUCCAAAACCCAGGGUUCAGAUUCAGCCCACGGCUCCGGAGUGGACCCGGGCGCAGUGCCUCUGUAGCCUGGCGCAUACAGAGAUCCGCGCUGCUAAGCAUGAGAACGCCGUGACCUCCCGGAUCGAGGCAGCUCAGCGUGCUCUGUUCAGAAGGUCAUCCAUGCGCGGUAACGCGGCGUGCAUUGGCGAGAAAAUCGGUGACAGAAGUACUGGUGGCAACCGGAAUUUUAUUUUAUAUAGUGCUUUGGCUUUUUCGCUCUUCGGUAAAUCUGAUGAGGAGGAUGAGGCCAAGAAGACAGAGGAUGAGAUCAUUAUGCUCCUGAAGAGGGCCAAGCUCAGCAUGAUGCGGGAUGAGCUGGAGGCUGCCAACGGAUUCCUGCACCAGGCGAUCAGACUAGCCCACCAGAGCCACAACAACCAGGCCAUCAUCUAUACCUACAGCCUGAUGGCUAACCUUGCCUUCGUCCAAGGCCAGCUGACCAACGCUGAGAAGCUGUUCAAGGCAGCCAUGAGCUUCCUGCUGUCUGGGGGCACCCCUCAGGAUGACAACGCUGUGAUCGAGAUGUCCCUGAAGCUGGCCACCAUAUACGCCACUCAGAGCCGACAUGAACUGGCAGAACAUGGGUUCCGUUUCUGCAUGGAUUCCCUAGAGGCCAAGAUCGAGAAACAGAAGGACCUUCCUCCAGAUGCACUUUCUGACGAGGAGCGGAAGGACACCAGGCUGCUGCUGGGGCUGUGCCUGGAUUCGCGGGCGCGCUACCUGACUGCCAUGCACCGCCUGGAGCAGGCCCGGGGCGACUACCAGCGGGCCCUGCAGAUCUGCCGCCAGGAUCAGGGGGAGUCGCACCCGCAGACCCUGGUGCUGAUGAACGACCUGGCCACGGUGCUCGACAUGCAGGGGCGUCACGAGGAGGCGCUGAGCCAUGUGAAGAGGGCCGUGGAGCUGGGCAAGGAGGCGGGUCACCCCGACCAGCACGUGCUGCUGGGAAACAUGGCGGGCAUCCUGCUGCACCAGGGUCAGUUGGAGGAGUCGGCGCGUCUGUACCAGGAGGCCCUGGCUCUGGCCCAGGCCACCGGCGACGGAGAGGCCGUGGAGCAGAUCCAGGAAGGCCUGAAGGAGCUGGACAGCAAGAAGGAGGGACGGACGGAAAAGGACUGAGAGCUGGCCAGCGGGCAGAGAGGACAGCGUGGGAGCUCUGGCGAUGAACACACCCCUCGGCUGCAUCUUCUCACUUAGUCAUUGCAGGUUCAUUUUUGUUCCCUCACAAGUCCUUUGUCACCUAUCCUGGAAAGGGGGGCUAUCGGUGUGAGCAUCAAACAGGUCUUUGAGAAUGAAUGGGAGGAAGGGAAGUGCCGAGUUACAGAUGACAAAACAAAAUCAACAGGAAAUGCUGCGACCAGAGGAACCUGGGUUGCUCCACCCGAUCACGGCUGCCUGCUGAAAGCCAGCCCUUGCAGCCGAAAAGACCCUGUGCUCCUGGCGUGUCCUCACAUGUGACUGUCCCUACAUGUCACUCUUGUACUGUAUUGUAAACCCAGAUUCACAUACUGGAAAAAUGUGCUGUCCAAUGUUCAUGGUAUUUUUUUUCCACUCCUCCUUCUCCUGAGCUGAUGGGGUUAAUCCCAAAAGCUCUCCUGCAAACC